CCCUGACUGGGCGCACAAUGAUGAGGAUCAGUAUGUCGGGGAGGGCGAAUCCAGUCAGCCUGACAUCUUCAGGGCCCUCUCUGACUACAAGGACGCGGAGACCAUCACAGAUGUGUGCAACAGCACCGACUUGCCCGAAUUUGAGAUUAUCAGCCUCCUGGAGGAGCAGCUGCCAGUUUAUCGCUUGCGGGCCGACACGGUUUACGGCUACGACCACGAUGACUGGCUGCACACGCCCCUGCUGGCCGCCGACGCCCCGCUCGACCUGACCACCGAGCAGAUAGAAGAGACGCUCAAAUACUUUUUGCUGUGUGCUGACAGAGUGGGCCAGAUGACAAAGACCUUCAGUGACAUUGAUGCCGUCACACGUCUUCUGGAGGAGAAAGAGAGAGAUCUGGAGUUGGCUGCAAAGAUCGGCCAGUCUCUCCUGAAGAAGAAUCGCGUUCUGACUGAGCACAACGACUAUCUGGAAGAGCAAGUGGGACAAAUCACUGAAGAGGUGGCCCAGCUGCACCAUGAAUUGAACCUGAAGGACGAGCUGCUGCAGUUUUACACCAAUGCGGCCGACGAGAGCGAGGAGGAGUCCGGCGGAUCGCCAACGGGUAAGAGGAGUCGGGUGGAAGCUGCCGCGGGAGGUUUCCUGAGCGACACCCUGCAGAGGAAACUCAAGGAGCUGGAAGAAGAGAACCUGUCGCUCCGCUCAGAGGCGAGCCAUCUCAAGUCCGAGACCGAGACGUACGAGGAGAAGGAGCAGCAGCUCGUCAAUGACUGCGUGAAGGAACUCAGUCGGUUUCCUCCAUUUGUCGACUUUGCGUGUCGUUGCUGGGAACAAACUUUGAAAACGACAACUUUUCCCCCCGCAGGGUUGUCCAGUCUUCAAAUCUCGACCAUCGCGGAGGAGCUCGCGCGCAAGACCGACGACGCCUCCCGACAGCAAGAAGAGAUUACGCACCUCCUCUCCCAAAUUGUCGACUUGCAGAAGAAAGCCAAGUCUUUUGCCGUGGAGAACGAAGAGCUCUCUCAGCAUCUGAUCGCGGCCAAAGAUGCGCAAAGGCAGCUCACCGCCGAGCUGCAAGAGUUGGAGGAGAAGUACUCAGAGUGCAUCGAAAUGCUACACGAGGCCCAGGAGGAGCUGAAGAACUUGAGGAACAGGAACUACGCCGUGGGAACGCCCAGACGCUUCCAUCCGCUCGGAUUGUACCCCAUGGAUUCCCUGGCUGCCGAGAUUGAGGGAACCAUGAGGAAGGAGCUGAGCCUGGACGACCCCGACUGUGAGCAGCAAAAGGUCCACCGCAAGCGUGUUUUCGAGACGGUCAAGAAUGUGAACCAGACAGCGCGUCGGCGUUCUGUGACCCCGACCGGCGGCAACAUUCCGGGCUCCAACCAGUCCUUGUCCUCGCGCACGUCGCCCAUGUCCAGCGGGCUCAGCAGCCCCCACUCCAGCCUGUGUGGAGGCGACCUGGGCGGGGACGGCGUCGCCCUGGACAACCGCGCUCAGAGCAUUCUCAUGGAGACGGCGUCCAAUCAGGAGAGGAACGCAGACAGCCGAGAGAAGAAGGCAAGCGGCGCUGAGGAUUUGCGUCUGGCCCUGCGCCGCCUGUCCCUGCGGCGUCAGAACAACCUGAGCGAGCGGCGCUUCUUCGAGGAGGAGCGGGAGCGGCGGCGAGGUGUCGGCCUCCCUGACGCCGCCGGCCAGGGGAGCGUCAUGACCCCCUCGGAAAGCAUCAUGUCGCUGGGGAACCUCCACCUGUGGGCCUCUAGGGGGCCCUACCUGCCCGACAAACUGCAGAUUGUCAAGCCGCUGGAAGGCUCGGCCACCCUCCAUCACUGGCAGCAAUUAGCCCAGCCGCAUCUCGGGGUGAUUCUGGACGCCAGGCCGGGGGUCGUGUCUAAAGGGUACCGACCCCUCGAACUGGAGCUUGAACAGGUGUAUUCUUGGGGGAGCUUGGAGGAGGACGAAGCGGGAGAGCAGUACUUCCAGAAUCUGCCCACCACCUCCGCUUUGGCCUCCCCGGCUCUGCCCUGCACCUCCUCGAGCCUGGGGCAGCCCUCGCCACGCUUGACUCCACCCUCGCCAUCCCCGUCGCCACACCUCAGCAACACUGAUGCGCUCGCCGCAUACUAUCCAGGUAAAUGCAUGGCCCAUACAAGCUCCACCUACACCUUCACAACCUGCCGCAUUCUGCAUCCGACUGACGAGCAGACGCGGGUCACGCCCAGUUUGCACGCCAUCCCUGCGUCGUCCUCCUGCGUAAUGACCAGCUCUCUACUGGGCACGCCCGCCGCAACACCCUGCACGCCCCGCAGGCUCAGUCUGAGGCCGUCAGAGUCGUCAACAAAUCUCAGAGAUGCCACGCGGACCACGAGCACUUGCCUGGGCCUAGUGCGCCUCCUACAGGAGAGAGGCAUUUCUGCAGCCAUGUAUCACCAGAGUCAGGGAUUGGAUGCCAGUCAGGCCAACCAGGGGCUUUUAUUCAGCACUUCCAUUACUCCUACCAGACCCCCCGAGCCCGAGCCGUUGCGUCCCUCCACCCCUCCGAGCUCCCCCACAGGACAGGGGCCUUCAGCCAUAGCGACCUCCCUGGGCUUUGACUUCAAGAGCCCCUCUUAUGACAACUUCCUGGCUUCGAAGCCGGCGCGGUCCAUCCUGAAGGAGGUGACGGGAAGGACGAGGGGCCGACAGAAGGGGCGGGACUGCGAGAGCCAGACCGACGUGAGCGUGACCGUGCACAACCUCAACCUGCUGGACAAGGUGAAACGGCUCGGGGUGGCCGGGGCGGCGGGGGCCCGAGCAGCCAGUCCUGGGCCCAUACUUGGGGGGCCUCUGGGUGGGCUACGCAGAUCAGGCUCCCCCUUCGGGCCGGACGGGAUCAGACGGAACCGGAGUUAUCCGGCCAGCAUGGCCAUGAAAGCUCCAGGUCCUCCAGAGUAAGAUUGAUUACUGAUGUACAUAUGAGCAAGGACUGGCUGCUGGUCAGUCACAUGCUCACCGUUUGAUAAAUACGUAGAGAAAAUGACUUCUUCUGAGCAAAUGAAUAUACUUUGUAGACAUCAUAGCGCUACAAGUGACGCACGCGCCUCAAAUCACUCCAACGUUGUUCCGUGACACCACGAUGGUGCUGAAGUUGGACUACUGGAUGAGACAAAGCUUUGUUCUGACCACAAAAACAAUUGAGUCGUUUUUAGUCGUCCCCCCCCAGUUCUUCCUGUUGUAGGUAAUCGCUUUCAUGAAGUCGAGCUGGGUCCACAUCUUUUUGUUUCGAGAAGUGAGAUUUGUAUUCUUUACUCACUGUUUUAUCAUUGUUAUUUUCAUAACAAGAUGCAUCAUUUUCGUUGUUUUAGAUGCCAAAAUAUAAGGUAUGACCUUCCCAAGUUUUUUUUCUUUUUUUGUCCUACACAGAUGAAACACAAGAUGGCAGCAUGUCUCCUUGAUUGGAAACUCACACACAGUAUUUGAUGAGUUGUGCAGUCGCUCGACAUGUGAGUCUUAUUUUCACACUAGGUUGCUUUUUCCAUUACAAACAGGAAGCAGAAGAAUGUACUGUCCACGCCAUACCUCGAGAUUAGUUUGACAUUUGAGUAUUGAGAUCCUCAUUGUAAGUUCACUGAAGUUGUCCAACAUUCGAGCCGAUCCCAGUCAACUUUGGGCAAGAGGCGGCCUACAUCGGCGACCAUUCACACUCAUAACCAC